GUGAUAAAAUAGACUAACUAAUUUAAACUAGUGACAUCAAGCUCUCGCUAUUGGAGUCCUAUUUCUAACUGUCCAGAACUGACAAAAAUAACCAGAAACUUCAACUCCCUUUUUUUAUAAUCUCGUUCCCAAAACGUCUUCCUACGUACACUCUAUCAGACUUCACCUUCCUUUUUUCCCGCCUUUUUUGUGACCUCACGCACAAAGAUCUUCUGAUUAUCGGCGUCAAAAGUCUUGCGACAAGCCUUGACCUUGUCCUUCUUACACGCUUGAGAGUGGCGCUCUGAUGUGCUCAAGAGAGUGAGACUAAUCUCGAACCCUAGUCUACACCUAACAAGAACCACAGUGCACGUUAAGACCUUUCUUCAGGGGAUAGCAUCAGGGUAAAGAAGAAGCAGGAGAGUCAACGAAGUCAACGUCGAAGAAUGGACAGACUUGUCAAGAGACUCUAUUCCUGGAAAUAGACAAGAGAAUAAAUGGAAAAGGGGCGGUCAACAAAUCAUAUGUUGUACCCCCAACGGUCUAAAAGACUAAGGAAGAGGUGACGGUCAAGUCUACAUUUGGAUUUAAAGACUUCCAUCAAUUAGCCAAGCCGUUUUUGUUUUUUUUGGCGCUCACUCGGCUACACAACUACACACCCAACAUUAUUGAUAUGACGUAUGCAAGGCGUGCAACCUGGAUACUGUAACCUCAACUGACCUCAUCGUCUUAUUCCUUGACCCUGACUUGGCUUUGUCUUUCUUGCAGUCCACGAUCAGUUGGAUGCUGGGCCAUCGUAAAACUGAACUCAAGAUCACAGAGUUACUUCCGUUACGUGUGUAAACGUUAAAGUCUGAGCCUUUCCAAGUAAUUUCCAUCUGGAGUAAUAACGUGUAUUUCUGAUUGGAUUUAUCUUUGCAUUUCUGAAUUGGAUUAUCUUUGCAUUUCUGAAUUGGAUUAUCUUUGCAUUUCUGAAUUGGAUUAUCUUUGGAUUUCUGGACAUUUAUUUGGAUUUAAGUGAUGUGUACAUUUCAAACGGAUUAAAUAGAAUUGUGACCAGUGUCUUUAAUUUUGAUGGAUUACUUAAAGAGAAAGGGACGCCUCUUUAAAAAGGUCGACGCAAUAGAACAGUCUCCGCACACAAUCUCGCAGUCACCAGACUCAACGAAGCCGGACUCACCCGAGGAAAAGCCUUUCGAUAACUGCGACAAAUUGAAAGAUGCCUGUUACCUCCCUUUGAUGUUUGAUGGAUUUAUGCAUAGCCCUGAAGUUGUGUCCCCUUACGGCCUCAAAAUUUUCUACCCAACGUUCGACCCGCGGGACUCAUACCGCUCCAAAAUGAUGAUGAUGGAGCAGGACCUGAAGCCCCCGAUACUUCAUCAGCCUCCGCCGCAGACCCAGCUCCCGCCUGGGCCCGGCACCCAGCAGCUGCACCAGUCGCACCACUCGAUGCACCAGCAGCAGACGUCCCCCAGGCCCGGCUCGGGCGGUCACACCGAGCUUCCGCAGACCAACCAUGGCCAGAGCGGGGCUCCUAACGGCGGGAGUCCUACCAACAACAACAACAACUCGGCCAACUCCAAGAACAACAUGGACCCGAGCCGGGUCAAGCGGCCCAUGAAUGCCUUCAUGGUCUGGUCCCGGGGCCAGAGGCGAAAGAUGGCGCAGGAGAAUCCCAAGAUGCACAAUUCUGAGAUUAGCAAACGUCUCGGAGCCGAGUGGAAGCUGCUGAGCGAGUCGGAGAAACGACCCUUCAUCGACGAGGCCAAGCGUCUCCGUGCCAUCCACAUGAAAGAGCAUCCCGACUACAAAUACCGCCCCAGAAGGAAGACGAAGACGCUGAUGAAGAAAGACAAGUACGCCAUACCUGGCAUGCCCAACCCUGCCAUGGCCCAGGUGGGCCGAGACCCCACCGGUAUGUACCCUCCACACAUGAACUCUUACAUGGCCAACAGUUACCCGCACAUGAUGGGCGAUCCCAACGCCUAUCAGCAAAUGGCUGGGCACUUGUCAGGACUCUCACCCGCUGGCUACUACUCUGGGUUUAACCAGGCUAUGCAAGGACAAGUGACCAGUGGGAGCUACAUGAACGGAGCCAACAGCUACAACAUGACCAUGGCCCAGAUGACCCCUUACGCCGCUCACAACAUGUCCCCUACCCCUCAGGGUCACUCUAGCACCCCGGGCAUUAAGCGGGAGUCCGUGACCCCGACACAGGGACAGGGCGCCGCCCCUGCUCACACAGGCUCCAGCAAGUCGCCGUAUCCCACGCCCUCCGCCUCUCAGACGGGCAGUGAGAUACGUGAGUUUAUAUCUAUGUACCUACCUGGACAGUCCGAUCAUGGCCUCGGUAAUGACCAACACUCGGUCGCCUUCGCUGCUGCUCAACAACGGCUGCAGCAGAUGCAAUAUAGCAUGAAUGGUCAUCACUUGUCCAGUCCUUCGGACAGCACUGUGCCACUGUCACAUAUGUAAAUACCCCCCUCACUGCCAUGAAGACCACUUUCCUUUUUUUUUUUUUUUUUAAAUAACUUGAUCAAUGAAGUGAAGUAUAACAGUCGAUUACAUCAUUAGAAAAGUCAGCUAAGAAUUUCUUGGGAAUAACUACAUCUCGAUCGACGCCUCUGAACGUCCAACCAGAGAUUGUACAUAGCAUGUCCAGAAAAAAAGAAGUUUAAAUCAAAUUAUUUCUGUGCGCGAAUCAUUUUUUUUUUCCUUCCCUCUGUUAAUGAAAUGUUUAAAUGUAAAAAUAGUUCCGGUUUUUCCCGAUUAACAAAAGAAAUUCUUAGAAAUUGGAUAUGACAUCACAAGACGGUUGAGCGACACUUGAAUCUGAUGGAUUACUCUGCUUAUAGUAAGAUGCGUUUUUUUGUAUAAAAGGGCUUGAAAGAACUCAAAUUGAUCAGUUCAUUAUAUGUGUGUAUUGGGUAUACUCUACAGACAUUAUAGAUGCUAGAGUGAAGACCUCGACUGAUAAAUCUGAACUUGGGCGUCUUACGUAAAUUAUUUGAUUUAUUUUUUUUUUUGUUCAUUUUUUUUUAAAUCUAAGUUUGUAAAUUUUAAUUUUUGUAUGACAAUUUAAUUUUUUUUUAAAUUUUCGUAUAGAUUGUAUCAGGGAAGAAAUUUUAAUAAUUAUUUGUGUGUAAAGUUUUAUCAGAAUUAAAAACACAUUGAACAAAGCCACUUCUACGAUUAGGUAAUGAAAGUAUAUAAUAUUGUACAUGAAACAUAAGUAUCUAUCGAAUUCUAAGUAAUGAACUCAUAUUAUAAAUAAUUAAUUAUUGAGACAUUGAUUUUAUUCAUAAAUGUGUAGUAGUCAUGUGUUUAUAGAAAAGAAAUUAAAUAUUUGAGGAGAAUGAUUUACAACAUUGUUCAGUAGGUUUUUGUCUCUUAUGAAUUGUGUUGAAGUUUAUUUUUUUCAACUGCAUUUGUAACAGUUAGAGUUAUCAUUCUUGCUUUAGAUUUGUAUAUAACAAGAAAUGUGUAAAUGGCUUCAUUUUUGGUUAGGUCUCAAAGGCAAGUUGCUUUUAAGUUUUGGAAAGCUCAAGGUAGUCUUAUUUUACCCCCUUCCUCCCCUCCCACCCCCCCAAGUUUUUUUUUUUUCUCUAUCCCUCGGAUUAACACACUUAAUAGAUAGUGUGUACGCGAGCAACUGUGGGAGAUAUUCAAAAGUUUCAACUGACCAGAUGACCUAGAGAAUAUCAGGAAAUGACCAGGCGCCUUGUCGAAGUCCAACUGACCAGACAUCCUAAAUUGCAGCAUCGAACGUUAUAUAUAUAUAAUAAAAUCUACUGACUCGAACAACAGCAGCCACUAUCGUAUUAAAUAGCUUUAUUAACUGACCACGGGUCAGCCGUGUGUCCAAACUCCUGUUACAGCUAGGGAAAUUUUGUUUUGACUUAACUGGACAGUCGGAUACACGCGCCUGUUACUUGUGGUCAAUUGAUGUCCAUUUUUUUUUCCUAAAAGGACCCCUCUUUCUCCUCUUCUUCUUUUGACCAGAUCAGUUUAAUAUUUCCAUGCCGCCAGUGGCGUGUCCUCACAACGGAAAAACACUCUACACAAAAAGCUAUAGGCAAAGUUUAGUUUAUUUUUAUAAUUUUCUCCCCUUCCCUUGUUUACGAAAAUAUAGUACAACCUUUUCUGCGCUUUAAUUUAUAAAUUAAAAUUCUGAACGAUCUACGGUUGGUUGGUUAUAUCAUGUGAUCUUCAUUGUAUCACAUGAUCAUUAAGAUAAAGAAAAGACCACUUGUCAGAACCCCAAGCCUAUGACGUUAUCUCACGUGACUAGUGGACUGGACAGCAUUAGCAUUGAACGAACACACUUAAAUGCUAGCACGCUAGACAAUGUGUAGUACACACUCGAAGAUUUUCUUCGCCAAUGUUUAGCUUUGAGACUCCAUUGAUAUCAUAAAAUGAUCUUUAAUUGUUUUAAUUUUGUUUCCUACCAACAGAGUGCAAAUUUUUCAUCAACUUAAAAAAAACAACACACAAUCCCCCCCCCCCUCAUUCCUCAAAAGAGUUGUAGACCUAUUAAAUAUAGUAUAACCGAUGUUUGCUUGUAUCAAAGUACAGGAUGGUUGCGUCUUAAAGCUGGUUGGUUGGAUUUAGGUGCUGGGUGGUUGUAUAUAGUGUAAUAACUUAAGGGAGGCAACUCAACUAGGACAUAGACGUUUAUUUACAUAGAGACAUGACAAACACAAAGGGGCAUCUGCCUCUGAGUACAGCAUCUCCAUAUUGGCGCUCUUCUUGGGCGGAAAUCGUUUUUCUCCUCAUGUCAACAUCCGACUUUUUUAGUCACAGAUAGUGCGGCACCUUCUUUCUGCACUAUCUUGGAUGGCGGUGCGCAUGGCAAACUCAUAACAAUAUAUAUUUUUAAAAAAAGCUCAACUGAUAGACAUUUUCUUGUUGGCACAAAUCAUUAGCCUCUUUGGUUACCACGAUUGAAUUAGACAUUCCAAAAGUGAUUUCUGUAAUUUUUUUAAAAUCGUUUUGACUGUAACUGACGAUCAUUUAUAUAUUUAUAUAUGAUUUAUUUAUAUUUAUAAUUAAUUUAUAUAGCUAGUUAGAGCAGCAAGAUUUUUGUACAGUAUUUCUUAGCGGAACAAUGUUUGAUAUCCCAGCAUUCCAUACUGUGUUUUUGUACUAUGGUUAAUGUUUUGUUUCGGUUAAUGACACAUUCCUUAUUUUUUAUUUUUGGUUCGACAUUUGUCUCAGAGGUCUCCCCGGGUUUGAAGACCACAGAAAGACAUUUUGACUAUAUUCGUUUGGCGGGAAAAUAUUUAUGCCUGCACUAGGAAAAAAACAAACAAUAUAUUUAUGAUUUUAACAUUUAGAUAUCUCGACAUAAAUAAAGUUUAGUUUUGUCAAUUCAUUAUUUACGCUUUAAUCAUAUUCACUCGGGUAACAUCUAGUGGGAGGGGGGGAGGGCUGUUCGCUUUUCAAGCAUAGGAAACAUCCCCAAAAGCUUCAGAUUUGACUUCAAUCAAUGUUUAGUUGGCAAGGAGCUGUUCUAAAAAUAGACUUUGCCUAAGUUGCAUUCCAGAGUUUAUUUAUUGGAGGCCUCCAUGCUGCACCAGCAAUUCGUUCCCCGCCCCCCCCCCCCACCUUCACACCAGGGGGCCCCAAUCCUCGCCCCCCCCCCCCGAUCACCCCGUCGUUUCUGUCCUAUCCCGAUCAUAUUUUGUUUUUCAGCGCCCCGUCCCUCCCCUCCGGAGCUGUAUAAUUUUUUUUUCCUGUCCGUGAGUUUAAACUCACAAUAAAAAGUUGGCUGGUGCGGGGGGUAGCGUAAGGAAGAGGGCCAUCACGUGACUCAGGUAGACAAGUUUAAGAGGACCCUGACACACUUGUACAAAAAAAAAAAAAAACAUGUUCCUUGGACAACUCGGGUGCGCUAACGUCUGCUGAGACGCCCUGACUUGUGGCGUGCAGUUGUAUUUCUUCUGGUGUGUUCUUAAAUUAGAAAAACAACAACCCAAAAAAAAAAAAAAAAAGACAGGAUAUGAAAAAUAAAAGCACCGCGCAUACGCGCACGAUCAUACACAUCUAUGAUAAUUAAUACAUCAAUCAUUCCAGUGCCUUCCCCCCCCCCCCUCUACCGGCAAUAGAAAUGGGAUAUAGAAGAAUAAAAUGCGGACACAGGUGUGAUAGAAAUAACUAUUCGCUCCAUCCCCCCUCCCCCCCUCUAAACACGUAGGUCGCUUCUCUUCACAUUUGAUCUUGUAAUCUUUAGAAUUGAUAAUGCAUUCCCUCUUUGACUGUAUUCGAUUACCAAGUCUAGUGUAUAUCCGCCCCCAAGACUAAUUUUCUUUUCAUCUGAAGUAUCGGAAUGUUUGUUUCGGAAAUACAUUGGUGCAACUUUUUUUUUUUUGAAAACAAAAAAAAAGGGGGGGGGGGGUCCUUCUACUUUGUUGCUCGAGUGUCUUAUCUCAUAUAUCAAACUUUAACAAUUUUUUUUUCAAAACUUUAAUUGUAGUUCUAAUCGAUCAGAUUGAUUAGGAAAAAAAAUCAGUAUCGAUAUCAAAUUCCCGCCAAACGAAAGACUCAAACCUGACCCGAUCUCGCGUGGAGAAAUGGCUGGCUCUUCCAUCCGCGAGGAGAAAAUAAGAAGAGAGACGACUCCAAUGUAGAAAUGACGCAGCCAUUUAUCUACAAGCAUUUUAUUGAUUUCUUUUUAUUGUUUUUAAUUUGCAAGUAUAUUUUGUUUGUCCUCCCCACUGUAAAUAUGGACCCCCCCCCCCUGCUCCUUUCUCUCAAACUGAAUUAUGUGAUUGCAAAGGCAUAAUAGAUGACCAUUACGACAUGGGGUGUCGGAACACAUAACUCCUGACCUGAGAUGAGCUUUUGACGAAUUUUUUUUUUUUAAUACAAAAACUGAUAUCCAUAGACCUUGCUGACUGUACUCCAUACUUUGUAUACACAUGAUAAACUAUGUUUAAUAAUGGAGUGAUUAGGGUUUUGAUGUAGACUUGUAUGAUCUUUGGUUUUAACGGAGUGACGAUGUAUCGGUAUGUGUUAAAUGAAUGCUGAAUUUCAGAUAGAACUUUUUGUUUUAUAUAAAGUAUAACAAUGUUUGCAUAAUAGAUGACUUACUAUAUUUGUAAGACGGGCUGGGCGAGAGAGAAUGCGGAAAAGACAGAGAGAGAGAGAGAGAGAGAGAACAAAAGCACAUUCUGUGUGUCUUUGGAGACACAUUCUGUGUGUCUUUUUUUUUUUUUUGGAGAUGGAUCUGAUAUGCUGCCAUAAAGCGAGUUUAAGCUACAAGUGUGUGUGUGUGCGCGCGUGUGUGUGCGUGAUCGCGGUGGUGUGUUUUGCAAGGACUCAAUGCUUGUAGUAAGUUUGAAGAAAAUGUUUAUAAACUUAUCUCACUCUGACUGAAGAGACAUUGUUUUUUUUUUCUUUUGUUAAUUUUUAUUUGGUAAUAAAAUCUUUUAAAACUA